AUCUCCGCCUACUUGGGGCGGAUGCGGGGCGGGUCUCCGCAAAACCUGCCCCACCGACAUCCCUACCGUUAAACAAACGUGCCCACUCUCUCAUUUCCCAUUCCGUGCUCCCACAAAACAAACACCUUCGCACUGUUAGAACAACAAACCCGUAUGAGAUGCCAUUUUAAAGUUUUGCUUGCAAUACCAUAGAUCCAGUUCUAUUUCCGUCAAUUAAAGACUUGCUGGAUCCAAUUACAUUUUUUUCGUAACGAUCGCUAGAUUAUUGACGGAUUAUUGAUUUAUUUUGGGAACUCAUGCCAAUUUGGUUUUUGAGUAGAAGGCCAUGAAGGGUUACAUCUGAACACGAUCAUGGACCUAUCAACAGGCAGUUUUAGCUCAUGCGACGAACUCGAAUCCUGUCAUUUGCCAUUGAUAACUGGACUUCCGGAUGACAUUGCGUUAUUUUGCUUGGCAAGGGUUCCUAGGAAGUACCAUACAGUUCUUAAGUGUGUUUCAAAGGGGUGGAGAGACUUGGUGUGUAGCGAAGAGUGGCGCGUUUAUCGCCAAAAGAACAAUCUAGGCGAGUCUUGGAUAUAUGCAUUGUGCAGAGACAAGAGUACUGAUCAAGUGAACUUCUAUAUGUUAGACCCUAGCUCUUCUAGACAAGGAUCUUGGAAGUCCAUUAAUGGCCUUCCGCCUCGCUGUUUGAAGAGAAAAGGAAUGGCCUUUGAAACAAUCGGCAAGAAGUUGUACUUUUUAGGGGGUUGUGGUUGGUCUGAAGAUGCUACUGAUGAAGUUUAUUGCUACGAUGUUGCCAUGAAUGCUUGGAGUGAAGCACCUUCAAUGUCAACUGCGAGGUGCUAUUUUGGCUGUGAAUCCAUGGACGGCAAGAUCUAUUCCAUAGGUGGAUAUGGUUUAGAGACAAGUGAUCCACGUUCUUGGGACACUUAUGAUCCUAGAACAAAUUCUUGGGAUUCACAUUCAGACCCAAACAUCAUCCUUGACAUAGAGGAUUCUGUAGUUAUGGGUGGAAAAAUAUACAUAAGAUCUCGCACUUCCACCAUACCACCUCAUGUGUACAUAGCUGUGUACGAUCCAUCGAGUGGCAAAUGGCAACAAACAGAUGCUGAAAUGGCAUUAGGUUGGCUCGGGCCUACAGUUGUUGUGGACGAUACCCUUUAUGUACUGGACCAGAGUUUGGGAAGCAAGUUGAUGAUGUGGCAGAAGAACGAUAGCGAAUGGGUUCCCUUAUGCAGGCUCUCACCCCUUCUUCCAAGACCACCCUGCCAGAUGGUUGCUAUUGGAAGAAAAAUAUUCAUAAUCGGCAAAGGGCUUAGCACAGUUGUUCUGGACAUUGACAAUGUUGGUAACGCGGAUGGAGUUAUAGCAAGCUCAUCUACACCUGUUUUUUCUUGUGAUGAUGAUGUCAUUUGCUGUAAAUGUGUUUCAAUCUGAUUUCUUUUUGUAUAAUUCUACUCUGCUGUGUGUACAGUUAGAGUCCUUUUAAACAACUAACAUCAAGCUUAUAAUGGUAAACGAAAUUGAUCAUUACUCGAUCAAAUGCGAAAAACUUUGAUAAGCCAAA